AUGACUGAUAUAUCAGUUGAUUUUGAUAGAAUACAAUAUGAACUUGAUAUGCCAAAUGUUUUCGCAUCAUUUGAAAGAAUUGUUCUCCUACAUAUUUGGUUUUUACUUGUUCUUUAUGUUCAAUUAGAUCCAACUGAUGUAUUUCUUCGUCAUCAAUUAGCACGUACAAUUCAAAGUAAAACUCAUUGUAAUCAAUCAGAAGAAUUAUGUUCUGAAAUGGAUACAUUUAUAUUUGUAUUAGAUGAAAAUCUUAUUGAUGAUGAUACUGUAUUAACUGUUGCUACAUGGAAACAUUUUUGUCAUUUUCAACCAACUCCACUAGAACGUCUUGUUACAUUUGUGACAUAUAUAAGAAAAAAUAUUCGAUAUUUAGAACGAUUACUUCAUGAAAAUUUUAUGAAAAAUGAUUAUAUCUAUUUUUUACCAUUAUAUGAUGAUUCUGUCAAUAUAAAAUCUGCUAAUUAA